UUAUAAUUUGAACUUGACAAGAAUAGCAAUUAUUAGAAUUGCUAUUAAUUUAUGGGAACAACCACAAAUGAAAAAUAAAAUAAAAAAAUUUUUUCAUCAACAUGGUUACGAUGGAUUUUUAAGAGAACCAAAUUACUUUGAUUCAUGUCAACUAAUUGAAUGGGAAAAAGAGAUAUAUAGUCAAAUUGAAGAUUUAAAAUUGCCAAUUUUAUUGAAACAAGAAUUACUAUGUGCAAUAAGACCAGUUGGAGAAAAUUUAUUUGGUUGGUUAGUUGAUGUUUCAUGGAAAUUAAUUAGAAUUGAUUCUGCCAAGCCAUCAUUUGAUGACUAUUAUGAUAACAUUUGCUGGCAUGAUAAUAUUGGUGACAUUGAUCCAGUUGAAUCAUACAAAUUAAUGUAUGACAAUAUAAUUCAUGAUGAAGAAUUAGAUGUUGAAUAUAUGUUGAAAGAAGCUAUGAAUUAUUGUUUGGAAUAUCAUAUCAGUCAACUUAUGACAAUCGAAGUUGUCACCAAUUUUGAAGCAAGAAGAUUAUACUCAACAAAUGUUAUGGAAACUUUAUUCAUUGAAGAAUCUUUGAACUAUUGGGCUCAUCGUUUUAUUGAUGAAUCAUCUUUAAGUGACAUUUUUAAAUAUGGUCCAUCCAAAAUACAGACAAUUUAUCUAUUAGCAAAAAAAACUUUAAAUAUUUUUGCAGUAAAAUAUUAUUGUGCACAAAUUAACAACUCAAUAAUAGAUUUUGAUUAUAUUCAAUCAUAUUUUUAUGAUUUAAUUAAGUAUCUAUCUGCUAAACGAUAUGAAUAUUGUUCAUUUAGACAAGAACAAAAAGAAUUAAGAAAGAAAAAAAUUAAUUUUGGCUAUUUUUUAAUCAAUUCUCUACCAAAUGAAGAUAAACAACAAAUAUUAUCUUCUUAUCGUGAAAAAGAGAUUAUUAAUUUACAUAAAAUAUGGCGUUAUUAUAAUCUAGUUUCAUUUGACAAUAUUUAUUCAAACGAAGGAAUGAAUGGUUACGAGAAAAAACUCUGUUAA